CUGCGGCACCAUGAGCAGGAGGUGUCCGUGCCUUAACCCAUCUGCACAGUGGCAGUUGUGGUGACAACAGCAAGACUUUCCUUUGGAGAUCUGCUGCCUGGAGGGUUGAUGGCUGGCGUGUCACAGCGACCACCCAGUAUGUACUGGUGUGUGGGGACAGAAGGAUCAGUUGUGUGUCCAGGGCCUGCCAUGGAGACCCAUAAUGGUGCCGAAGACAUGGGCAGCAAACUGUCUUUACCAGGUGGCAACUCCCCAGUGCAGAGCCCCAACAUGGAAGAAAUCCACACAGCAUACAAGCAGAGAAACCUCUCCCGAGCCCGGAACCUGCUCAGGGAAGUUUGUGAAGAGAGCGAAUCCCCACAGGAAAAGGGCCAGUUGCUGAGCAUCUCAGCAGCCCACGGGGAUCUAGAGACCGUUCGGUUCCUGCUCACUGAGAAGCGCGUGGAGCUGCCGAUGGAGCCCACCGAUGACAACCCGGCUGUGGUGGCAGCACAUUUUGGACACGCCGAAGUAGUACACGAAUUGCUGGAGUCCUUAUCAGGUCCCUGUGCCUCGCAGCGGCUGUUGAACUGGAUGCUGGCCCUGGCUUGCCAGCGAGGGCACCUGGAGGUUGUGAAGCUGCUGGUCCUGACGCACGGGGCUGACCCGGAGAACUACGCCGUCAGGAAGAAUGAGUUCCCGGUCAUUGUGAGGUUGCCCCUCUAUGCGGCCAUCAAGGCAGGGAAUGAAGACAUUGCCAUAUUCCUACUUCGGCACGGAGCCUAUUUCUGCUCCUACAUCCUAUUGGAUAGCCCUGACCCAAGCAAACAUCUGCUCAGGAAGUAUUUCAUCGAAGCCAGCGCCCUGCCCAGCAGCUGUCCCGGGAAAACCGCACUUUGUGUGAAAUGGUCCCAUCUUAAGUUGCCCUGGGUGGACCUCGACUGGCUCUUAGACAUCUCCUGUCAGAUCACAGAGCUUGACCUCUCUGCCAACUGCCUGUCUUCUCUCCCCUCCAUCAUUCCUUGGGGACUGAUCAAUCUGAAGAAGCUGAACCUCUCAAACAACCACCUGGGGGAGCUGCCCUGCGUGCAAUCAUCGGACGAAAUCAUCUGCUCCAGGUUAGUUGAAAUCGACAUCUCCAGUAACAAACUGUCCCACCUCCCGCCUGGAUUCUUGCACCUCUCAAAACUUGAAAGGCUGACUGCUUCCAAAAACUAUCUGGAGCGGCUGUUUGAAGAAGAAAAUGCCACGAACUGGAUCGGCCUGCGGAAGCUGGAGGAACUUGACCUAGCUGACAACAGACUGACGGAGCUCCCUGUCCAAUUCAUGCACUCCUUCAAGUCUCUCACCAAUCUGAAUGUCUCCAGGAACAACCUCAAGAGCUUUCCAGACCCCUGGUCCUGCCCUCUGAAAUGUUGUAAAGCCUCCAAAAAUGCUCUGGAAUCGCUGCCAGACAAAAUGGCCGUCUUCUGGAAAAACCACCUCAGGGACGUGGAUUUCUCCGAGAACUCUCUGAAAGCAGUGCCCCUGGGGGUUUUCCAACUUGAUGCCCUCAUGUUCUUGAGGUUACAGGGAAACCUGCUAUUGUCACUGCCACAUCAUGAGAAGUGGACCUGCAGACAACUCAAGACCCUGGACCUCUCCAGAAACCAACUUGGCAAAAAUGAAGAUGGGCUUAAAACAAAGCGGAUCUCCCUUUUUACCACCAGAGGGCGCCAGCGUUCUGGAACUGAGACAGCGUCCGUGCUAGAAUUCCCAGCUUUUCUAAGCGAGUCUUUGGAGGUCCUUUGUCUGAAUGACAACCAUCUUGAUGCAGUUCCUCCGUCAGUCUGCCUGCUGAAGAACCUCUCAGAGCUCUACUUGGGCAAUAACCCUGGUCUCCGAGAGCUCCCUCCGGAGCUAGGCCAGCUGGGAAACCUCUGGCAACUGGACAUUGAAGAUCUGAACAUUGGCAAUGUGCCUGCAGAGGUCAGGAAAGAAGGCCCAAAAGCAACGCUGUCUUUCCUGCGUGCUCAGCUGCGCAAAGCGGAGAAGUGUAAGCUGAUGAAGAUGAUCCUCGUGGGCCCCCCACGCCAGGGCAAGUCCACACUCCUGGAGAUCUUACAGACAGGGAAGGCCCCGCAGCCAGCACACAGCGAAGCCACUGUCAGGACCACCAAGUGGGAGCUCCAGAGACCAGCAGGCUCCAAAGCCAAGGUUGAGUCCGUGGAGUUCAACGUCUGGGACAUCGGGGGCCCUGCCAGCAUGGCCACAGUCAAUCAGUGCUUCUUCACAGAUAAGGCCCUAUAUGUGGUGGUCUGGAACCUGGCCCUGGGGGAAGAAGCUGUGGCCAACCUCCAGUUCUGGCUUCUCAACAUCGAGGCCAAGGCCCCAAACGCCGUUGUGCUGGUGGUUGGGACACAUCUGGACCUUAUUGAAGCUAAAUUCCGAGUAGAGAGGAUCGCAACACUGCGUGCCUACGUGCUGGCCCUCUGCCGCUCACCAUCGGGGUCCAGAGCUACAGGAUUCCCAGACAUCACUUUCAAACACUUGCACGAGAUCUCCUGCAAGAAUCUGGAAGGGCAAGAGGGGCUGAGGCAACUGAUCUUCCAUGUCACGUGCAACAUGAAGGACGUGGGCAGCACUAUCGGCUGUCAAAAACUCGCCGGCAGGCUGAUCCCCAGGAGCUACAUAAGCCUACAGGAGGCUGUGCUGGCUGAACAACAGCGCCGCAGCCUGGAAGAUCAAGUACAGUACCUGACGGACAGGCAGCUGGAGCAGCUGGUGGAGCAGACGCCUGGCAAUGACAUCAAAGAUUAUGAGGACCUGCAGUCUGCCAUCAGCUUCCUCAUAGAAACCGGAACCCUGCUGCACUUCCCAGACACGAGCCAUGGCCUAAGGAAUCUCUACUUCCUGGAUCCCAUCUGGCUCUCUGAAUGCCUGCAGAGGAUCUUUAAUAUCAAGGGCUCACGGUCGGUGGCGAAGAAUGGGGUGAUCCGAGCAGAGGACCUCAGGAUGCUGCUGGUGGGGACAGGCUUCACGCAGCAAACGGAGGAGCAAUACUUCCAGUUCCUCGCUAAGUUCGAGAUUGCCCUUCCGGUUGCCAAUGACAGUUACCUCCUACCCCACCUCCUUCCAUCCAAACCCGGGCUGGACACCCACAGCAUGCGGCACCCAAUGGCUAACACCAUCCAGCGGGUGUUUAAGAUGAGCUUCGUGCCUGUUGGCUUUUGGCAAAGGUUCAUAGCACGGAUGCUGAUCAGCUUGGCUGAGAUGGACCUGCAGCUUUUUGAAAACAAGAAGAAUACGAAAAGCAGGAACCGGAAAGUCACCAUUUACAGCUUUACAGGGAACCAGAGAAACCGCUGCAGCACAUUCAGAGUCCGAAGGAAUCAGACCAUCUACUGGCAGGAAGGGCUGCUGGUCACUUUCGAUGGGGGCUACCUCAGUGUGGAAUCCUCAGAUGUGAACUGGAAAAAGAAAAAAAGUGGAGGGAUUAAAAUCGUCUGCCAGUCAGAAAUGAGGGACUUCUCAGCAAUGGCUUUUAUCACAGACCACGUCAACUCCCUGAUCGACCAGUGGUUCCCCGCCCUGACAGCCACAGAAAGUGACGGGACCCCACUUAUGGAGCAGUACGUGCCCUGCCCCGUCUGUGAAGCUUCCUGGGCCCAGCAUGCAGAUCCAAACGAGAGGUCGGAGAGCGUGCAGUACUUCGAUAUGGAAGAUUGUGUGCUCACAGCCAUCGAAGGGAACUUCAUCUCCUGCCCCAGACACCCAGACCUCCCAGUGCCACUUCAGGAGCUUGUACCAGAGCUGUUUAUGACUGACUUCCCAGCCAGGCUUUUCCUGGGGAACAGCAAGCUGGAGCACUCAGAGGGCGAGAACAGCAUCCUGGGCCAAGGUGGCAGUGGCACAGUCAUCUACCAGGCCCAGUACCAGGGCCAGCCUGUGGCUGUGAAGAGAUUCCACAUCAAGAAGUUCAAGAAUUCUGCUAAUGCCCCGGCAGACACCAUGCUGAGGCACCUGAGAGCCAUGGAUGCCAUGAAGAACUUCUCGGAUUUCCGUCAGGAGGCCAGCAUGCUGCAUGCCUUGCAGCACCCCUGUAUCGUGUCACUCAUCGGCAUCAGCAUCCACCCCCUCUGCUUCGCCCUGGAGCUCGCCCCGCUGGGCAGCCUCAACACUGUGCUGUCUGAGAAUGCCAAAGAUUCUUCCUUUAUGCCCCUGGGACACAUGCUCACCCAAAAAAUAGCCUACCAGAUUGCCUCGGGCCUGGCCUACCUGCACAAGAAGAACAUCAUCUUCUGUGACCUCAAGUCAGACAACAUCCUGGUGUGGUCACUGAGCGUCAAGGAGCACAUCAACAUCAAACUGUCAGACUACGGCAUCUCCAGGCAGUCCUUUCACGAGGGGGCCCUGGGUGUGGAGGGCACCCCAGGCUACCAGGCUCCAGAGAUCAGGCCUCGCAUUGUGUAUGACGAGAAGGUAGACAUGUUCUCCUAUGGCAUGGUGCUGUAUGAGCUGCUCUCAGGACAGCGUCCUGCGCUGGGCCACCACCAACUUCAGAUUGUCAAGAAGUUGUCCAAGGGCAUCCGCCCAGUGCUGGGGCAGCCAGAGGAAGUGCAGUUCCAUCGACUGCAGGCGCUCAUGAUGGAGUGCUGGGACACGAAGCCGGAGAAGCGCCCCCUGGCCCUGUCUGUAGUGAGCCAGAUGAAAGACCCAACCUUCGCCACCUUCAUGUACAUGCUGCCCUGUGGGAAGCAGUCGUCCUUCUUCUCAUCCCAGAGCCAGGAGUACACUGUGGUGUUCUGGGAUGGGAAGGAGGAGUCCAGGAAUUACACGGUGGUCAACACCGAGAAGGGCCUUCUGGAAGUACAGAGGAUGACCUGUCCUGGGAUGAAGCUGAGCUGUCAGCUCAAGGUCCAGAGCUCAGUGUGGCUAGCCACCGAGGACCAGAAAAUCUAUAUCUACAGCCUUAAGGGUAUGUGCCCAUUAAGCAUGCCCCAGCAGGCCCUGGACACGCCAGCUGUUGUCACCUGUUUCUUGGCAGUACCUGUUAUUAAAAAGAACUCCUUUCUGGUGCUGGCUGGCCUGGCUGAUGGACUCGUGGCUGUGUUUUCUAUGGCCCGGGGCACCCCAAAAGAAAGCUGCUCCUACCUGUGCUCACACACAGCCAACAGGUCCAAGUUCUGCAUCCCAGACGAAGACUCACGGCAGAACCCCUACCCAGUGAGGGCAAUGGAAGUGGUCAACAGCGGGUCUGAGGUCUGGUACAGCAAUGGACCCGGCCUCCUCAUCAUCGACUGCGCCGUCCUGGACAUCAGCAGGCGGCUGGAGCCCUAUGCAGCCCCAUCUGUGGUCACGUCACUUGUGUGCAGCUCAGACUGCAGAGGAGAGGAGACGGUCUGGUGCCUGGACGACAAGGGCAAUUCCCUAGUGAUGUACCAUUCAGCCACCUACCAGCUGUGUGCCCGGUACUUCUGUGGGGACCCCAGUCCUCUCAGGGACACGUUUUCUGUACAGCCCUCAGUCCCAGAAAGCCCAGUCCAUCACAUAACCACCUCAAAGGAGCCUGAGGAAGAGUGCAUCGCCGACGUGAGCAUCAUGUACAGCGAGGAGCUGGGCAUGCAGAUCCUCACCCACCAGGACUCGCUCACUGACUACUGCUCCGUGUCCUCGUACUCUUCCUCACCCCACCCAGACCCCAAGUCCCCCACCAGCCUGCCCAGCUCCCUCACCAGCUAUUCCAGUGUGCCUUUCUCCGCCAAUUAUGAAGACCGGGACAGGCUGCAGGAGCCCAGCGUCACCCCUGACAGAACCGAGCAUGAUCUGAGCCCCAUGGAUGGGGAGACGUUCAGCCAACACCUGCAGGCUGUGAAGGUGCUUGCUGUCCAAGACCUCAUUUGGGUCCCUAGACAUGGUGGAGAUAUCAUUGUCAUCGGCCUGGAGAAGGAUUCGGGUGCCCAGCGGGGCAGGGUCAUCGCUGUUUUAAAAGCCAGAGAGCUCAAUCCACAUGGGGUCCUGGUGGAUGCCGCAGUGGUGGCAAAGGACACCGUAGUGUGCGGCUUUGCAAACGAAAACACAGAGUGGUGCCUGGCUGUCUGGAGGGGCUGGGGCGCCAGGGAGUUUGACAUCUUCUACCAGUCCUAUGAGGAGCUGGGCCGGCUGGAGGCGUGUCCUCGCAAGAGAAGGUAAUGCCAACGGAAGGGCCUCCGCGCCGAGCCAGCAGGUCCGAGCCACUGCCUGACCCCUCAGCUACAGCCCUCCUAGGGCACAGAAGACAAACGGGUUCUUUGCUAAGCCUUCUGCUAAGAAGGGCUGAGAAGCUAGGAGCUACUGGUAGUUUGGGAGUUCUCAGGUUCUGUGGGGAAAGUUAUCAGCCCAUGGGAAGCCACAGGGUCUGGUUCAGAGAGGCCUCCUCUCGCCUCUUCCCUAGGCUUCCAGGACCCGGGGAGAGUGACCCCAUUCCAAACCUUCCCAGCAUAAUGAAUGGGCCUGUCCGUUCUUCUAUCGCCAGGCCUCAGAUGGAAUUACACUACAGAGUCUUGGUUGAGGAGCAGUUCGGGGUAAGGUGGGAGGAGGGCUGCAACCCCUGGCCCUCCUUCCCCCGAGACCCUAGGCUUUCGGCCUGUUUCACAAGGCUCUCAGUCCCUGGAGUAUGGGGCCCAGCUUGGUCAAGCUGAGAUCGAAUCUCCCGCUUGGCAAAGGCUGCGUAUGGGAAACCCCAGAAGGACCCUGCGCGGGCGGCAUUGCCCCAUAGUGGGGAUGAAUGGGUUCCUUCAAGAGUCACAGCCGGAAAGCCCGGUGCAAGAGCCCCGACUCCCCCCUUUACAUUCUUCUCCCCCGACAAAAGGAAGGAGAAACCCAAUCACUGGGCCUGGAGAAAGGGCCUGUGUUUAUGACUUGGUAAAAUAAACUUGGACACAGCUGGAGCACAAGCCCUGUUUGUUUGCACAUCAUAAUCUUGUUUAUCACUUUAACAAAUUAAGUAAUAUCUCCACGGUUAGGCCUGGUUGUGAAAUCCCAUCGUAUGGGACUUAUACUGGAUUAUGUAUUUGCCAAACAUUCACUGCCCACGUGGACAGCGGAUGAAGAAAAGCCAAGUUGUUAACAGGGUGUACGGGCACAACAGGGAACGGUUUAUAAAUCCCAUGCACACGUGUGCACACACACACAUCUUUGCCAGGCAUCACCCUUAGAGGAUGCCUAACCUAGAACACACGUUUGAAUGCAAGAUUGUCCUUGGCUCCGUGUCACUGAACCUUUUCUAGAAUUAAAUUAUAAAAAGCAAACUUAGGUGUUUGCAACUGGGGAAGUGCAAGCUGGUGAGACUCGUGUUAUCUGAAAAUAAACAGACUUCGAUGGAA